CACCUCUCUGGCCGUAUAAAAAAUCUUUUAACAACAUGCGUUUUCCUCUUGAAGCAUUAACAGCAAGGUUCACCUUUCCAAAAUAUCGUUCAAUACACAGAAAACAACUAUUUCAACGGCCUCACCUGCAACAACAACUAAGACCACAAUGGAAUCAACACUUAUUACAACACAGAAAACAACUUCAGAACCUACCACAGAACAUACUUCUGUCAAAACAUCAACAUCACCCACAACAAUACACACAUCAGAACGCUCAACAAUAAAAACCACAUCUCCAACGACAACUAAAACGACAAUUCGUCCAACCACCGAAGUAACAACUGCUAAGACAACAAUUUUGCAACCCACAACUGUGCAAACCACCCAAAAAUCGACACCUCAAACGACUCAGGAAACAACAAUUUCGACAUCUUCACCUACUACAUCAGCUAAGCAAACAAUGGACACUACAUUUAUUGCAACACAGAAAACAACUUCGAAAUUUUCAACAAAACAAACUACAAGGAGCACAUCAACAUCACCCACCACAAUACAAACAUCAGAACGCCCAACAAUUCAAACUUCAUCGCCAACAACUAAAACGACGAUGCGCCCUACUAUGGGAGUAACGACUACUUACGCAACAACUUUGAUCACCACCCAACCUACCUUACAUAAAACAACUCAGAAAACAACUAUUUCAACGUCCUCACCUGCAACAACAGCUAAGACAACAAUGGAAUCAACACUUAUUACAACACAGAAAACAACUCCAGAACCUACGACAGAACAUACUUCUGUCAAAACGUCAACAUCGCCCACAACAAUACAAACAUCAGAACGCUCAACAAUAAAAACCACACCUCCAACCACAACAAAAACGACAAUGCGUCCAACCACAGAAACAACUGCUAAAACCACGACUGUGCGCUCCACCCAGAAAACAACACCCCAAACAACUCAGCAAACAUCACUGUUGACAACAGAGCAAACAACCCAAGAACCUACAACGGAGCAUACAACAGAGGAGACAACAUUUGCCACAACUGAGGAACCAACUACUGAACCCAGUACAACCGCAGAAGUAACAACAUCAACAAUGCGUACGACAACCAUCCCAACAACAACAAAAACGACAACCCCAGCUGCUACCACAAAGACAACAACAACCCGUGCUGCUACAACAAAGAAAACAACGACAACUCCUGCUGCCACAACAAAGUCUACAACAACAAUUCGUUCCACACUGGAAACAACUACAGAGGAGGAGGUAUACAUAAUUCUAUUGUUGAAUAACCAUAUGCAAGUUUCACCAUCUAAACAGUAAUCUUGCAGCAUUGACCAAAUCUAAGGGAGAAAUU